CUGGGAUUACAGGCCUGAGCCACCGCGCCCGGCCUGCACGUGAGCUUUUCAUCUCGAAACUUGUCCCCUCAUGGUCAGUCCUCACACCACCCCACUUACAGAAGAAAAAAUGGAAAGGUGAAGUCUCUGGAAGCUUUGUCUUUUUAUCUGGGAGGAAAAUAUUUCCCAGCGGCUGCCUUCUCUUCAUUUCUGUCAGACUCUAGACUACCCUCAAAUUUCAUUGGACCUGCGAUUACAAUUUACCUAGCAAUAAGAAUCAAAAGAAUCGAACAUCAUUGCGUGGGAAAAAUCCUCUGCAAGUACAGCCAAGACUUUUCUGAGGCUAUUUUUAAACUGACGAAUCAGAGGACAAUCGCGACAUUAGAGGAAAAUUACCCAGGUUUACGCCAUCACAAACGAUGAUAGCUUACGAUGAUAGCUAACCUGGCUCUUCCACUUCCUUUCAAUCUCCAGAAAAAGCUCUCCGCGUGCUCAUGGUAACACGGCUUUUCAGAUUUUUACCCACUUCAAAUAUGGCCGCCAAGCUCCGUUCUCUUUUACCACCUGAUCUACGGCAACAACUCUGGCUUCAUGCCCGCUUCCAAAAGUGCUUCCUCUCGCGGGAUUGUGGUUCUUAGUGCGCAGGCGCAAAAGUAAGUCCUCUUCCGGACAAAAUGGCGAUGGGACUGAUGUGCGGACGCCGGGAGGUUCUGCGCCUGCUACAGUCCGGGCGUCGGGUCCACAGCGUCGCAGGGCCCUCGCAAUGGCUUGGGAAACCGCUGACCGCACGGCUCCUAUUCCCAGCAGCCCGGUGCUGCUGUCGCCCACACUACCUCUUCCUUGCGGCUUCCGGCCCCCGCAGCCUCAGUACCUCUGCCAUCUCGUUUGCAGAAGUCCAGGUUCAGGCCCCUCCUGUUGUUCCUGCAACUCCCUCACCCGCAGCGGUACCUGAGGUGGCUUCUGGAGAGACUGCAGAUGUAGUCCAAGCUGCUGCAGAGCAGAGCUUCGCUGAACUGGGGCUGGGGUCACACACCCCAGUGGGACUGAUCCAGAAUUUACUGGAAUUUAUGCAUGUUGACCUGGGCCUACCUUGGUGGGGGGCCAUUGCUGCAUGUACAGUCUUUGCCCGCUGCCUCAUUUUUCCUCUCAUCGUGAUGGGCCAGCGAGAGGCAGCCAAGAUCCACAAUCACUUGCCAGAGAUCCAGAAGUUUUCCAGUCGAGUCAGAGAGGCCAAGUUGGCGGGAGACGAUGUUGAGUUUUACAAGGCUUCCUCGGAGAUGGCAUUUUACCAGAAAAAACAUGGUAUUAAACUCUUUAAACCUCUCAUUCUUCCUCUGACUCAGGCCCCAAUCUUCCUCUCCUUCUUCAUUGCUUUGAGAGAGAUGGCCAACCUUCCUGUGGCCAGCCUGCAGACAGGUGGCCUCUGGUGGUUCCAGGAUCUCACGGUAUCCGAUCCCACCUACGUGUUACCACUGGUAGUCACUGCUACAAUGUGGGCUGUCCUUGAGCUAGGUGCUGAGACAGGUGUGCAAAGUUCUGACCUUCAGUGGAUGAGAAAUGUGAUCAGAGUGAUGCCCCUGAUAGCCUUGCCCGUAACCAUGCAUUUCCCCACGGCAGUGUUUAUGUACUGGCUCUCCUCCAAUUUGUUUUCCCUGGGCCAAGUAUCCUGUCUCCGGAUUCCAGCAGUACGCACUGUACUUAAAAUCCCCCAGCGUGUUGUACAUGACCCUGACAAAUUACCUCCACGGGAAGGCUUCCUAGAGAGCUUCAAAAAAGGCUGGAAAAAUGCUGAAAUGGCGCGUCAGCUGCGAGAGCGUGAACAACGCAUGCAGAAUCACUUGGAGCUAGCAGCCAGGGGUCCCUUACGACAGACCUUUACCCACAACCCUCUCCUACAACCUGGAAAUAAUAACCCUCCCAAUAUCCCUAGCAGCAGCAGCAGCAAACCAAAGUCAAAGUAUCCCUGGCGCGACACGCUUGGCUGACUUACGUUCCAUGCGCAUUCUGGCAGGAACUCUGUCUCUUCAAAGACUCAUCCUCAAAACAAGACUUGACACUGUGUCCUUGCCCCAGUCCUAGGAACUGUGGCACACAGAGAUGUUCAUUUUAAAAACAAUUUCACGAAACACUCUUAUACUCAUGUUUAUAAGAGAGCACUGGGUAGCCAAGUGACCUUCCCAUUCACAGAGUUAGUAAACCUCUGUACUACA